AGCUAAGAGUCCACUCUUCUCUACUCGAUCUAUUACUAACAGAGAUCUAGCUAAAAGCAUAAACAACUCUUCCUCUAAAUAUUCAUUGGAAGAAAAAAGCGAUUUCGAGAAAAGGACAAUUAUGGUUGACGCAAUUGUAUCGUUCGGUGUUGAAAAGCUUUGGGAACUCUACAGACUGGGACACAAUAAAGCGAAUGUUUCCAGAGAGAAAAGCUGGUUGGAAGGUGCUGCUUACUUCUCGCAAUGAUGAUGUCAAUGAAUAUCUUCUCCAUUG